UACGUACUCCGGCAAAAAAUGGAACUUGCACUUUUAAAAAUAGUUUGAUAUUUUUUCAACGAGAAUCUGUACCGAGAUUUCGUUAGGAAUUAAUCGCAAAUUUUGUUAAAUUUAAAGUUUCUUAUACGCAAAAUUUUAUAAACAAUUAUUUAUUCGUAUCAAAAAUCCGAUCUGCAUUCAAACUAUGAAAUACUUGGCGAUUGAACAUCGUUUUUAGAUCGUGAAUUCUUUGAAGAGCCAAUGUGUAUUGAUCAAGGUUGAGAUUAUUGACAACGUAAAAUCGACGCAUUAACAAACAAUUUGAACGUAUUUCGAACAAAUUAUUACAACUCGUACAUUUCCAUUGAAAGGAAUUAUUCUUUCGAGUGUAAAGCACUUUUUUUAUAAUUUUGUGAAUGAACACGUGGAGAAAUAAAAAGGGAAAACCUUUGAUUUAGAAUUUUUAGUAUACCAUAAUUUUGCAGCAAAAGGAAAGUGAAAUGAUUGUGAGAUUUGUUGAACGAGCUCAAUAAUUUUUCAAGAUUUAAAAAAAGGAGGUUAAAAAUGAUGCCAGAAACUUCUGACUCUCGAGGUAGUGGUCAAUCUGGAUCUGCUGGAAAAAAAAUAGUGGAGAAACCUCCUUUUAAAUUAUGUUUUCCAAAGCAUCGAAUGAGUGGUCGUUCCGACAUUCGUGCAUCAAAAAUUGAAGCUGACUUCAUAACACCAAAAUUCUACUCUAAACAAGUGAAGUUUGAAGACAGUUAUAAUGUUGAUGGCACUGUGAAGGCUGUGAUGAAGAAGGAGAAUGAAAAACCACAGGACGUUCAUCGCCGGCCAUUACUUAGUAGCCAAAGCUAUGGUUGGUGGUAUGAUCGAACGUUUGGAAUGAGAGAUAAAAGAUUCAAUCACCAUAAAAAUACUUCAGAGAUGGUACGAUCGUAUGAUGCUAUUCAGUGGCAAGACAAAAAAAUACAAGGGCUCUGUCAUUAAACUUUGUUACAAUUUGUCAAAGCAUGUCUGACUCUCCCCCUCAGUUUCAUCAACACUUACAAUUUCAUGAUAUUCAUUGCUUUAUAAUAAAUUUAGAAAAGGUCAGGUAUUAAAUUUCUUCCUGCUCAGAUAAAACUGAAACAAGGGUUCAGAAGCUAAUUACACACUUGAAAAAAGAAUUUGUUACUUGUUAAUUAUUGUUGUUUCAAUACAACUGAAGUAUAAACGGCAGAAUUUUAAUUGAAAUACUUGUUACUCCUUACGCAAAAUAAUUUCAAGAAAUCAUGUGAACAGCGCAUUAUUUUUGGUUAAAUCAAUCAUAAACCAUGAACCAUUGAAUAAGAACUCACUUAUCGUCACACAGACUUAUUAUAGCAUAUAAUAAUGAGGUCAAUUGUUAUUUACAUUUAUCAGUUUUUUGAUUCCAUCUAAAAAAAAAGAAUCAAGAUUAAAAAGGAUUAUGAAAUUUCAGAAAUUCAGUGAAAUCAUAGCCAAAGUAGACGUAUUCUUGGUCUGUGGUCUUAGUGAACGGACGAGAUAACCAAAAAUAGAUGUGAUAAAAUUAGAGAAAACGACGCCCUUUUUUAGAAAAAGGUACCACAGAAACUUGCUUGUAAGUUUUAAGAGAACGGUCCGUUAUUGAUGCCGUCAUAUCCUUACGAAAGUAAAAUGUAAUUUAUCAAUACAAUGUUUUCGGCUUCCAAUGGAAUAAUUAAUAAAGAAAUUUAGUUCAUUCGCCUCAAGA